AGACAGAGAUGGGGUUUGUCAGGUGACUUCUUAGAAGAUCAGUUGGAUGUUGGAUCAUCUCAGCACCAGAAUAAAGCACCAUAACUUUGUGAUAUAACAACAAACGGACUUUGAGCUUCUUACAGGAUCCAGGAUACAGCUCCAGGACUCUGCUGAGGACACACCUUCCCGGUUCCACGGUGGGAGGAGGACGCACCAGCGAGGAGGGUUCAAGUUCAAUUAGGACGGCCCCCCAAAAAAGUUCCAGCACAAAGAGAGCGAAGCGUCCAGAGCGGCAGAGGGAAGAAGCUCCGCGGAUGUUACUGCACCAUGAAUUCUGUGGGCAAGUCGUGGCUGCUGCUGACGGGUCUGAUCGUCUUCUACAUCAUCUACCUGCUGUUCGGAGCGCUGGUCUUCUCCACCAUCGAGCGGCCGGUGGAGGAGCAGCUGCGCCGCGACAUGGACGCGCUCAAACAGGAGUUCCUGAACCAGAGCUGCGUCAGCGCCGCGUCGCUCGAAAACUUUCUGGUCCGAGUGCUGACGGCCAACAAGUACGGGGUGUCCGCGCUCAGAAACUCCUCCGUCACCUCCAACUGGGACCUGGCAUCCUCCAUGUUCUUCGCCAACACUCUGGUCACCACAGUGGGUUAUGGUCACACCACCCCUCUGUCCGACACCGGUAAAGUGUUCUCCAUCGUCUACGCUUUAAUCGGCGUCCCUUUCACCAUGCUGGUGCUGACGGCCUGCGUCCAGAGGAUCAUGUACCCGCUGGUCAUCGCUCCGGUCUGUCUGCUGCAACGUUCAGGCCUGGAGCCUCGGCCGGCCACCGUCGUCCACUUCCUCCUGCUGCUGGUUCUGGUGGUCCUCUGCUUCUUUCUGAUGCCGGCGGCAGUGUUCAGCGCGGUGGAGGUUUCCUGGAGCUUCCUGGACGGCUUGUACUUCAGCUUCAUCUCCCUGUGCACCAUCGGACUCGGGGAUUUCGUGCCGGGGAUGCAGCCGAGGCAGAAGUACCGUCCGCUGUAUCAGGUGGCUGUCAUGGUCUACCUGUUCGUGGGCCUGAUGAUGAUGUACCUGCUGCUGCGAACCUUCCACAAGAUGUCCGACCUGCACGGCCUCACUUCCUUCCUGCAGCUGCCUCGCUGUGAGGAUUCGGACAUGGAAGAGGAGCGCGAGCCCAUUGUGCACGAGGAUAGCCGGACAGCAAAUAACAUGACCGAGAAAGCCGCCAGCAAACCUCUGGAUCCUGGAUCGCAGCCGUCAUACAACACCAUUAACAAGGGCUGAAGAAGAUCCACGAAACGGCAGGACUGGAGGGAUGGAUCUGAAAUCUUGUCUUGAUUUUUUUUUUUUUUCAUUUCAAACACCCAACUGAAUUGAGAUUGAGUUUUCAGAACCAAACACUUUGCGUAUGAAAGGGCGACGCUAACGUGACUAUGGCUAAAACGCACAGAUGCUCUUGGCGGUGAGUUCGCUGCCUCAAGAUCGCACUCAAAGGGCCAAAAAACCCCAAACCAGCUCUUGAUACAUGUCUGGUUAUUUUCAGAUCACAUUUUUGUCUUGUGCUGGGACUAACAAGCCUUGUCUAUAUGUUCAAUGUGCUCAAACUAAACGUUUUACACCUUUAAGUGCCUUCGUAUUUAUGUUUGCCAGUUAAAACACCUCCAGACUAGUUACCAAACCGUCGACAAAGAGUUCAAAUUUGCCUUGACGUACUUUAACUGAAACUUAAGCUUGUUCCUCAAAUUAAAGGUCGAAUGUGGAUUCCUAUCGAGCAUUUCAAACAACGGGGCGUGUUGUUUUUUUUUCCCUAUUUAUCACAUCUCAGAAGUGAAAUAAGUCGCCUUCCUUUGUCUGAAACCACAUUCAAGCCUCAGUGUUCCUCAGUAGAUCUGCAGUUUUGCUUUACGGUGCUUCCCCCUGGUGUCCGUCUUCACAUAAUGCAGCUUCGUGUCACUGCACUUCCAAAAAAAAAAACAGCGGCAAAUAGGUUAAAAGGGUUUAAAUUAAGAUGUUUAUUAUUUAUUUUUUGUGGUAAAGAUUAAUUUAAAUGGAAAACCAAACACAGCCUGCUCUGCAUCUGUGUCCUUUGCAACAUCUGGAUUUCAGUCUCUCUAAACACUUGAAAUGCACUUUAAUGGUGAAACCGGGGUGAACAUCAAAGUUGUAGUAGAACUAAUAGUGUAAUUAUAUAUGAUACUGUAAAAAUAUGUCUGUGUGUGUUGUAGUUAAGUAACUUUUAAUGUGUAUUUACAAUCAAACAAUAAAGAGAAACUUGUAUUA